GACCCCUUGCUAAGGGCAGUCUGAGGACGACUGUCUACACCACGGGGACCGUGUCGCCCUACGGCUGCUCGAUGCCUUUAAAAAAUAAACCCCCAAACUCGUUCUGUGUUUACUUUAGAAUUUUGUUUUGUUUUGAAAAACUAAACUAAACGUCUGCCCAUGAAAAAGCCCUUUAGAUUUUUUUCUUUAAGAGAAUCCUAUUUGCCGUGGCUGACAGGUUCAGGGGAUUCCUUCAAUAAGCAGUUUCUGCCUUGCGCACGGGGAGGCUGCAGGAUUUUUAAAACCUGAGCGCGUAGGGCUCGUCCCUGUCCCCUCCAAGAAUGAAACAUGACUGAGGACUCUCAGAGAAACUUCCGUUCCGUUUAUUACGAGAAAGUCGGAUUUCGUGGAGUGGAAGAGAAGAAAUCAUUAGAGAUUCUCCUGAAAGAUGACCGCCUGGAUAUUGAGAAACUUUGUACUUUCAGUCAGAGGUUCCCUCUGCCGUCCAUGUACCGUGCAUUGGUAUGGAAGGUACUUCUAGGGAUCCUGCCUCCACACCAUGAGUCCCACGCCCAGGUGAUGAUGUAUCGCAAGGAACAGUACUCUGACGUCCUUCACGCCUUGAAGGUCAUUCGCUUUGUCAGUGAUGCCACACCCCAGGCUGAGGUCUAUCUCCGCAUGUAUCAGCUGGAGUCUGGGAAGCUGCCUCGGAGCCCCUCUUUUCUGCUGGAGCCGGAAGACGAAGUGUUUCUUGCUAUUGCUAAAGCCAUGGAAGAGAUGGUGGAAGACACUGUUGACUGUUACUGGAUCAUCCGAUGCUUUGUGAACCAACUGAAGAACAAGCACCGGGAUGCUUUGCCCCAGUUGCCAAAGGCUUUUGAACAGUACUUGAAUCUGGAAGACAGCAGACUGCUGGGUCACCUGAAGACGUGUUCUGCAGUGUCCAGACUUCCUUAUGAUCUCUGGUUCAACAGGUGCUUUGCAGGAUGUUUGCCCGAGUCCAGUUUGCAGAGGGUUUGGGAUAAAGUUGUUAGUGGAUCCUGUAAGAUCCUGGUUUUUGUGGCUGUGGAAAUUUUAUUAACGUUUAAAAUAAAAGUAAUGGCACUGAACAGUGCAGAGAAGAUAACACAGUUUCUGGAAAACAUUCCCCAGGACAGCUCGGAUGCCAUCGUGAGCAAGGCCAUCGACCUGUGGCACAAACACUGUGGGACCCCAGUCCAUUCAGCCUGAUCUGGUCACUUCCAGAGUCACGGCCGGCCAGCCCACCAUGCAUAGUGUGUUCGCGUCACGUGAUCUGCGAGACUGAUGGAAAAUACUCGUCUUGCUCUGGUGCUUAAAGUGUGAUUUCUUUCCAGUAAAAUUAUUUAAUUAAGAUGCCUGGUCUUGCUGUGUUGUGGAGUGGCAUUUUUCAGGUACACAGAAGUACAAAGUUCACCUCUGACCAGCAUUUUGUUAGAAAGCAGCUUGGUCAGGGUGGGUGGGUGCCUUGCACAGUGCAUCACCACGCCGGCCCUGCCUCUAAUCAGCACCCAGCUAGUUACUUUCUAAGUGCUAUUUAUGGAACAAACGGCAACUUCCUUUCUUGACACCACAUCUUUGCAGAACUUGUGCAGAACUGAUUUAAGCUGACUGCCUUCUCAGGUAUCACCUGCUAAACAGGCUAAAAACAGCCCUCACAAUUUUGUUUUCCCCUGUGCCUAGUGAAAAGAAACCAUGACUGAAUAAAGUGUGUCUGAAAUUAGCCACUA